CUGACCAACUACCAUUCUACAGUUGUCGUGUCCAAGGUUCCGUUUCCAUGUUCAAACGUUAGGACGACAUUUUUUGCUUCAAAUAGCACCGGCAAGCAUAACUGUUGCAUUCAUCGUGGUUCAGAUGGCUCGUCUCCCGAAGCUAAUUCCCUUUUUAUCUUCAACGAUCUCCAAGCUAGCUUUCCUUCUCUCUCUUGCCAUCCUUCUAUCUCUUCCUCUCGGUUUCUAUUCUGAGGACGGCACCUUUAGCCGUCAUUGCUUGGAGAACCCUCCAGUAGUUAACUCCAGCUAUGGAGCUGGGUCAGUACAAAACAUUGGAGGCCACAAGGCUUACGUUAGUGGCCAUCUUCAUUCCAAGCUUGCAAUCAUACUUGUUUCUGACGUUUAUGGAUAUGAAGCUCCGCAUUUGAGGAAAAUCGCUGACAAGGUUGCUGAAUCUGGAUUCUAUGCUGUGGUUCCUGACUUCUUCUUUGGAGAUCCCUUUGUAGCCAAUACUUCGAGGACAGUCCAAGAAUGGUUAAAAACUCAUGGAACAGAUGAAGGAUCCAAAAAUGCUACGCGAAUAAUUGCUGCUCUGAAAGGGAAUGGCAUACUUGCAGUUGGAGCGGCAGGGUUUUGCUGGGGUGGCAAUGUGGUUGUGAAAGUGUCAAAGACUUAUAACAUUAAAGCUGCGGUGUUGUUACACCCUUCAUGGGUCACUCUGGAUGAUAUUGAGGCUGUCAAGGUUCCUCUUUCCAUAUUGGCUGCUGAAUUAGACAAGGGCACUCCAGCCAACCUUCUCAAACAGUUUGAGGAGGCCCUGUCCAAGAAUAAGGUUGAUAAUUUUAUCAAGAUAUUUCCUAAUGUUAAGCAUGGAUGGACAGUAAGGUACAACGAUACCGAUCCAGUGGCUGUGAAGGCUGCUGAAGAAUCCCAUCAAGACAUGUUGCAUUGGCUGACCAAGUAUCUCAAGAAAACAUAAUGGUCCCUGGAAAUGAAAGCAAUCUGAAUCCUGUUUGUAACCCUAGAAAUUGUUGAGAUGAAAUGUAAUGAACCUCAAAAACUUCUUUUUGGGGUCCAAGAAUAAAUCUUAAUGUGUUGUUAGCUUGUUUAAAAAAAUAAUAUUAUAAAUAUAAGUGGAUGUCUUUCAUUUA